AUGAAGAAGGACUAUGUGAGUCUGAUGUCUGAGAACGUGCUGAGAGUCAACAUGUUACUGAGCGUCUUCUUUCUUCCAGAUUCUCCUUGGAGUCCCAGCAUUAACAUCCCUGUUGAUCUGAAGGAGCAUCAGUCUGUCACUAUCAGCUGCUCAGCUUUGACUCCCUGUCCACACUCACCUCCUGAACUCACCUGGAAUCUCCAACAAGACUCUCACAGACAAACAGAGAAAAACACAGAGGGAACCUUUACAACUAAAAUCCAGGAGACCAUCACUCUGUCAGACACACAUGAUGGAUACAACAUCAGCUGUUCUGCCACAUAUCCUGUGAAUGGAGGAAACAAGACAGCAGAGACAGAAGUGACUCUCAGUGUUUCAUAUGCUCCUAAAGACACCUCAGCAUCCAUCAGUCCAUCAGGUUUGGUGUCAGCAGGUAGCUGGGUGGAGCUGAGCUGCUCCAGCAGAGCCAAGCCUCCUGCCAGCUUCACCUGGUUCAGGAACAGCAAACAUGGAGCCAUUAAUGUAUCUGUGGGGCAGGUUUACAGCUUCAAUGCUACUGAGGGAGGAGAGUAUUACUGUGUGGCUACAAAUAAUCUGGGUCAUCAGAGAUCAUCAGUGAUUCUUGUUAGUACUGAAGCAGAGAUGUUUCAGUAUUUGAUUCCACUUCUUACAGUGAUUGUUGUCAUUGUGCUCAUCUGCCUGGUGAUCUCUGUUUGGCGGUUCAAGUUCAAACAUUCAACUCCCCAACAGACUCAGAGUCAAACAGGUGUGGAGGUUCAGGUAGCAGCCAACAAAGCAGAGGAAGAACUCCAUUAUGGAGAAGUGAACUUCCUACAGAGAGGACAUGAAGCCUCCGCCGUCUCAGUGCAGGACAGAGGACAGCAGGACACGGUGUACGCUCAGGUCAAAGUGUCUCCUGACUGUCCAGAGGAUGUCUACGCUGAAGUAAAGAAAAAAAAAUUUUGA